UCCAAAGUGGUUGACCCAUUGCGCGACUGGUGCUGAUCGCAUUGGAACGAGAUGACCUGAAGUAGAAUUAUAUUUACAAAGAACCAGGUUGUACUUGCUAGCAGCGGCGAGUAUCCAGUAUCAGCUUAUUUGCGUAUAUUGUGUGCACAAUGGAAAGGAGACGCAAAGCCAUUGGAGUGCUUACUCGUUUUAGAGCCUGCUGGCUCAUGGCAGUAUGUAUCUGGUUGGAGAAUCAAGGUGUGAAAGGUCAAGCUGUCCUACUGGGUGCUUUUGGUACAGGACAAACAAUACCACCAUACAUAGAGACUUUUGGUAAUGGACAACCUACAGCCUAUGUUACCGGUUACUUACCUGUAUGCUUUGUGUUCGGUGGAUCAGGACCAUUCAUUCGACUAGAGAAAACUGAUGGUAGUCUAGUGUUGGUUGAGAGAGGUGCCUUCUCAGGAGUUACUAGUGCACAGGUGAACAGCACAGUACAUCCUAUACUGAACACUUCACACACUGGACUGUACCAUUGCAGAACAGUGGAUCACAACUCAACACAGAUAUAUCAACUCAACAUUGUAGCUGAACAGAUUCAGUCAGGACCAUUCCCUACAUCACAGAAUUUAAUCUACACUGGUGCUACUUACAACAUACCAUGCAUAUCAAGUGGAAACUUUCCUCUCAACUCAUCUUGGAACUCAACAUUAACUCUGGACACACAGAUGAUACAGACGGUGACACCUAGGAAUAUGGUGAACUCAACGUUCAGCUUCCAGCAGAAUGAUUCACAGAUUGUGUUUACAGAAAGUGAUACAUCAGGUGUUACCUUUAAUGUAAUCUGUACGACAUCGUAUACUACACACUUUGAUUGUUAUGGAAUGGGCUCAAAUCCUCCGCGUCCACAAAGUGUGAUUGACACAUGUGUAAAUGCUUCCAAAUCAAAAUCUUCCACUGUCUCUGUCACUAUCCAAGCACUAUGUCCAAAUCUCAAUGACAGUGGUUUCAAUUACAAACCUAUUCCCGGUUUCAGCAGACAACCGGCGGGUGCCCCAGUACCCAUCGAGUGCAGAACAGGUUUUCUGUCUAACAAUAGUAUGGAUAUAACCCAGUCUACAUGCCAGGGCAAUGGAAUGUGGCAUCCAAGUCCACCAUUGUGUGAAAGCUGCUCCAUGGUUUGCAAUAAUCCCAGUGUUACCAGCUGUGCCAGGAUCACUGUGUCUAACAUACCAGGCAUAAAUUGCCCAUGUAACGGUACUGAUGAAAUCUGGACAAGCUCUGCUCAGGACUGUGUGCCAACCCAUUGCCCAGCUCAAGAAGGAAACUCCCCCUUCGUUGAUAUUCCGAAAUUGGAAGUGAAUAAUUCUACGUAUGUGGCUUGCAAUAAUACCUACACUUCUACGGAUAAAGGGAGGAACGUCACAUGUAUGCCGAACGGGACGCUGUCUAACCUACCAAAUUGCACAGUCAUUCCUACGAAUCCAACGACUACCGUGGAUCAAGGAGAGAAGACGAUGAUGACGAAUAUCAGCGUCAACUACACAACGUCAUUCCGUCCACCAGAGACUUACGUCAACUACGCAACGCCAUUGCGUCCAUCAGAUACUUACGGUGAGACUGGCAUAGGAACAGGCGCUAUAAUACUUAUUGGCGGGAUUGGUGGCUUGUUGGUGGCUGCACUGAUAGUAGCUGUGUUAGUUUUGAUAAUACGUUCGAAAAAGCCAAGUGAACCAGCAGAGACCGUGCCCAAUCUAACGGAAAAUGCAGCAUAUGGAGACGCAGGCUUUGCAGAAAGUGUCCUCACCAAAAGUGAUGCUUAUGGAGUAGUUCAACCAGCCGAGGAUUCACACUACUCGUAUGUGGAUUUUCACCAAUAGUUGUUCAAUCCCUGCAUUUCUUGUGGAUACAUCCGUGGUCAAUAGUGUUGCCUUCUCGAUGCAUCCGUAUGUACACUGUAUAUCAUGUGCACAUUCACAUGUCUGAAGGUUUGUGGUUUUUCAAUAAUAAAAAAUAGUAAAUAAAAAAAAGUUAACUGUGUCGUUUGAAUCCUCAUACACAAUCCAUUUUCAACAAUAUGCAGCUUCAGUCGUUUGACACUAGUCGUCAGAAAGCCCCACUGUGGCCAUGGCGAAGAGUAUCGGCCACAUUCCUUGUUUUAGAACAUGUCGUGUCCAAUAGUAUUAUUACUAACCUGUUAUUAUGUCUAGAUUAUUUUUGCCGAAUCAGGAAUGUGCAUGAUUUUAAGUGAGAAAAUGCUGAAAUCUGCACUGUAUGUAUUAGCUCUCAUGAAAUGCCUUUUUGUUCUUUAAUGCUUACUUAUACGCAUGCUAUUGGAGCCUGUCUGAUUGCAGUGUGAGUAGACCGCUCUUGAAGUGCACAAUAUACUUGAAGUAAUCACGACUUUUGCCGACUCCAGCCGAUUGUCACGUUGCACUUUCAAGCCCUAUCUGGGUAGGACUCAGCUACAACUGUACAUUUGCAGAAAGGAACAAAGGUACAGAUCUGAAGGAAGUAACAUAUCCGAAUGACUAUGAGGACACACCGGCCAAGGUGAAGU